GCAGUAUUUAGAGAGCCCUGAGGAGAGAACUGGAGCAGAACCACCCUGCCAGGACCUCCCUGCCCUUCUCCCUCCUGCUGUGCCCUCUGUUGCCAACAUCUCCUCCGCCAUGUCAUUUUCUGAAGCAGAGGUGCAAAGUGCCCGCGGUGCCUGGGAGAAGAUAUAUGUGGAUGCUGAGGACAAUGGGACAACUGUGCUGGUGAGGAUGUUUACUGAGCAUCCAGACACCAAGUCCUACUUCUCACACUUCAAAGGCAUGGACUCUGCUGAAGAGAUGAAACAGUCAGAUCAGAUCAGAGGGCAUGGCAAGAGGGUUUUCACUGCCAUCAAUGACAUGGUGCAACACCUGGACAACUCUGAGGCUUUUCUUGGAAUAGUGAACCCACUUGGCAAGAAACAUGCCACCCAGCUGAAGAUUGACCCCAAAAACUUUAGGGUUAUCUGUGACAUUAUCUUGCAACUGAUGGAGGAGAAAUUUGGUGGAGACUGCAAAGCUUCCUUUGAGAAGGUGACCAAUGAAAUCUGCACUCACCUCAACAAUGUCUACAAAGAGGCGGGUUGGUGAGGAUAUGCAAUCUCCAGGCUCUUCAAAUGUCUUGCCAGCACUGAUUUUCUGCUUUUGGGCCUCCAGCCACAGUUGGAAAAUGAAAAAGU